AUGGAAGACCUUAAUUCUCCCCGGAACUGUCAAUCCUGUGCCCGGAAGGACUCUGCAGAGGCAGAAAUGGUGCAAUGUGAUGCAUGUAAGCUUUGGGAACACUUUAGUUGUGCCGGUCUCGAUGAUCAUAUCAAGCAGUCAAGUGCCUCUUACUUCUGCAAGGGAUGCGAUAAGCAAGGGACGUCCGGUGACGAUCAUCUUCAAGUUCCCGUUACCGACCAUCAUCCUGCCAAGGGAUCUAAGACAGGUCCGAAAACUAGUUCGAGGAAGGGCUCAAAACACCGAGCGAAGUGCAUUGAUCCUACUGGAAGCGUAUCAUCGAGUGUUCGUAUGACAGUGUUAACAGAACAGCUGAAGCUGAAUGAAGAAGAACGGGUCAUGAAGGAACAGGAGCUGAAGGAGCAAGAAGAGAUGAAUAAGAAUGAUGGAAGAAAAAGAGCGCCAGAACGUCUGGAAACCCUGAUGCAUUUCGGCCUCGCUGUACAAAAUCUGGUGGACCAUCUCAAAGCAGCGGGUCAACACAAUCAUCUUUCGAACCCAGUUCUCCUACAGGAGCUGGUAGAGAAGUUGCCUGGUUCAUUAAGGCUCGACUGGGCGAUUUAUAAGAAUCAACACCAACCAACAACGCUUGGCGUUUUCGGCGAUUUCAUGUCGGGGCUAGUGACAGCUGCAAGUGAAGUCUCGUUCACCCAUCCGGAACCUAGUACUCUCCAGAAAUUUGCAUUGCAGUCGGAUAUCCGAGCUAACCGACAGAAAAGUGGAAAAACUGGUAUUUUGCAAGCACAUUCCACUGCACAAGCUGAAGGUGCCGCGUCCAAUAGCGCUUCAACCGAGCCUAAACCGUAUAAGCAGUGUCUAUCGUGUGGCCGAGCGGGCCAUCGUGUAGCCGAAUGUGAACAAUUCAGCGACGCCAGCAUCGACGAACGCUGGAAGCUGGUUCAGCAGAAGGGGCUUUGUCGAACAUGCCUUAACAGUCACGUUACCCUCUACGAUUCCAAUACAUCUCAAACUAUCUACGCCUUUAUUGACGAAGGCUCAUCAUAUACACUCCUUGAUGAAUCGGUAGCAGACCGACUAAACGUCAGUGGCAUACUUGAGCCGCUUACCUUGAAGUGGACUGGGAACGUAACGAGGACUCGUACGGUGAGUCGACUUGUGCUACCUACUCAAAGUCUAAAAUAUGAAGACCUCGCAAAUCGUUAUCCUCAUCUACGGGAGCUUCCGAUUGAAGCCUACGAACUAGUAUGUCCUCAAAUCCUCAUUGGUCUGGACAAUUUGCGCCUGUGCAUUCCACUAAAGCUGCGUGAAGGUGGAUUAAGGGAUCCAAUCGGAGCGAAAUGCAGACUGGGAUGGAGCAUUUACGGGUGCGUUCCUAACUCACCAAAUCAAUCAGCGAUCCUCGACCUUCAUAUUGGGGCAGUAUCCGAUUCGGAUCGUGAACUGAACGAACAGCUUCGCGAUUAUUUUACUCUGGAAGACAUCGGAGUAGUUGGGCUUCGUGAGCCGCUGGAGUCAACAGACGAAAAACGCGCAAGACAGCUUUUAGAGGAAACAACUCGACCUAUCCAAUGGAUAGCUGUCAGGAAACUGGAGUCCUUAGAACGGCGGCUUCAGCGAGAACCGGAACUAAAAAAUCGCGUACAGGAUAUGAUUACGGAAUAUGAGCGGAAGGGAUAUAUACAUAAGGCUAGCUUGACGGAGUUGACUUCGGUUGAACCAAAUCGCGUCUGGUAUCUUCCCCUGGGCGUAGUUAUUAAUCCUAAAAAGCCUGCGAAGAUUAGAUUGAUCUGGGACGCUGCUGCAAAGGUGGGUGACGUAUCGCUCAACUGUAAACUACUUAAGGGGCCAGAUCUAUUGAUACCUCUCCCGAAAGUCUUGUCUCAAUUCCGCCAAUAUCCGGUGGCUGUGUGUGGUGACUUGAUGGAGAUGUUUCACCAGUUUAAGAUUCGACAUCCAGACUGUCAGUCGCAACGUUUCCUGUCCCGGAAAAGGCCAACUGACCCCCCGCAAGUUUACGUCAUGGAUGUGGGCACCUUUGGAUCAACCUGUUCGCCGGCCUCAGCUCAAUACAUCAAAAAUCUUAACGCAAAAGAAUCCGCCGAAGAAUACCCGCGUGCCGCAGCAGCUAUCAUCGACAGACACUACGUCGACGACUACUUGGACAGCUUCGAGACCAUUCAAGAGGCGAUCGACGUAGUGAAUGAGGUCAAACUGGUCCUGCAAGGAAUCGGCGAGAUUGCUGAAGAAGAAUUCAAAAGUUUGGACCUGGAACGAGGUGAGAAAACUGAGUCGGUAUUGGGCAUGAAAUGGAUCCCGCGAGACGAUCUAUUUGUCUACACUUUCGGGGACAGGGAAGAUCUGCAACAGAUUUUACGCCAAGAUCAUGUUCCCUCGAAACGUGAGGUUGCCAGACUAGUCAUGAGCCUGUUCGACCCACUUGGCUUCAUUGCAUUUUACCUCGUCAUCGGUAAAAUGCUCAUUCAGGAGCUCUGGUCCAAAGGGACAGGAUGGGACCAACUAAUACCACAAGAUAUUAACGAACGCUGGCGACUGUGGGCAGAUCAGCUUCAUAAUCUCGACUCGAUACGUAUACCACGCUGCUACUUCUCCUCGUCUCUUCAGAACGGCUUCGAACAUCUACAAAUCCAUCUAUUCGUCGACGCGAGCGAAACCGCUUAUGCCUGCGUAGUAUACUUCCGCUUGAAGACGGCAACCGGCGUGCAAAUCGCACUAGCAGGAGCGAAAACCAAAGUAGCCCCCCUAAAAGCUCUGUCAAUCCCUCGACUCGAGCUCAAGGCGGCCUUUUUAGGUGCUCGUUUAAUGGAGACCAUACAGGCAUAUCACACGUUCCCAUUCGAACGCCGCUUCUGCUGGAGCGAUGCAAACACUGUGCUCGCGUGGAUCCACUCCACCGAUCAUCGUCGGUACCACAAUUUCGUGGCUAUUCGGGUUGGCGAACUUCUAACAACCACACUGCAGUCAGAGUGGCGAUGGGUACCAUCAAAAAUGAACACCGCGGACAUAGCCACCAAGUGGCAUCACGGCUCACAGUUAACGAUGGCCAAUGCUUGGUUUCAAGGUCCGAGCUUUCUCUAUGAGCCCGAAGAAAGGUGGCCAAAUAAAAAAACGAACCCUUCGACUGAAGAAGAGCUGCGACACCCUCACAAUCACCUUACUCAUUUCAUCACCAAAAUCACGUUCGACAAAUUCAAUUUAUGGACGAAACUGCAGCGUGUAACAGCAUACGUACUACGAUAUAUCGACAAUCUUCGUAAACGGAAAAACGGCGAGAACCUGGAACUCAGCAAUCUUACCAGCGACGAGCUCCGGUGA